CAAAAGAAAGGGUGUCAAUAAAAUUAAAACAAAAGAAUGGGUGGUCAAAACCCUAGAAAUCCAAGAAUCUAAAUUGCAGAGACACCAUAAUAUCGCAGUCCCAUCGUCAUCUCUCUCAAUUCAAAAGAUCAAGUAUGGCAGGUCAGAGGAACAGUUAUGGAAAGCGCUCGCAUUCUCAGUCGGAUUACGCCGAUAACGGAGGGGGAGGAAACAAAAGGAGAAAUCCAGGUGAAGAAAGAGAGCAAUUCAUCAUCGAUGCGGAGGACACCGUGUAUCGGUACUUGUGCCCUGUGAAGAAGAUUGGUAGCAUAAUCGGGAGAGGAGGAGAGAUUGUGAAGCAGCUGAGGGUGGACACAAAGUCCAAGAUUAGAAUCGGCGAAACGGUGCCGGGUUGCGAGGAGCGAGUUGUUACUGUGUACAGCGCCAGCGACGAGACGAAUGGGUUUGAAGAUGGUGGUGCUUAUGUUGCUCCUGCUCAGGACGCGUUGUUCAGGGUCCAUGAGAGGGUCAUAGCUGAGGACCUGCAUAACGAUGAGGACGCGGACGGUGGAAGCCACCAUGUUAUUGCUCGGCUUCUUGUGCCGUCCGAUCAGAUUGGUUGCAUUAUUGGCAAAGGUGGGCAGAUAGUUCAGAACAUUCGUAGUGAAACGGGUGCCCAGAUUCGCAUUCUUAAGGACGACCAUUUGCCUGCUUGUGCCUUGAACUCGGACGAGCUUGUACAGAUAUCUGGGGAGGCUCCUCUUGUUAAGAAGGCUCUUUUUCAAAUAGCAUCUCGCCUUCAUGAUAACCCAUCACGAUCUCAGCAUUUGCUUACAUCUGCGGUGCCUAUGUACACUUCUGGUGGUUCGCUCAUGGGUCCAUCUGGUGGUCCACCAAUAGUGGGAAUAGCUCCAUUGAUGGGUCCUUAUGGAGGUUAUAAAGGUGAUGUUGGAGACUGGUCACGCUCCUUGUACUCGGCUCCAAGAGAUGAUGCUUCUUCAAAAGAAUUUUCUAUUCGCUUGGUUUGUCCAACUGCUAAUAUUGGAGGUGUGAUUGGGAAGGGUGGUGUCAUAAUUAAUCAAAUCAGACAGGAUUCUGGGGCUGUCAUUAAAGUUGAUAGUUCAACAUCUGAAGGAGAUGAUUGCUUAAUUACUGUAUCAGCAAAGGAGUUCUUUGAAGACCCAUACUCGGCAACUGUAGAAGCAGCAGUGCGUUUGCAACCCAGAUGCAGCGAGAAAGUAGAAAGAGAUUCAGGAAUUAUCUCAUUCACAACCCGCCUUCUUGUUCCAACAUCACGAAUUGGCUGCUUAAUUGGUAAAGGAGGAGCGAUUGUAACUGAGAUGAGGAGAAUUACCAAAGCUAAUAUUCGCAUACUUUCUAAGGAAAGUCUGCCCAAAAUCGCAUCAGAAGAUGAUGAGAUGGUGCAGAUUUCUGGAGAUCUUGAUAUUGCUAAGGACGCUCUUAUACAAGUAGUUACCCGAUUAAGAGCAAACCUUUUUGACAGGGAAGGUGCAGGGUCUGCGUUCCUGCCAGUUUUGCCUUAUCUUCCUGUGUCAACAGAUGGUUCAGAUGGUCCAAAUUAUGAUAGUAGAGAUGGUAAAAGACAUGGGCGUGGGCAUUCUUACUCUGCCGGCUAUGGUGGCUCAAGUGAUUUUGCAACAAAUGAUAGUUAUGGAAGUUAUGGUGGUUCACAGAUUGGUGGUAGCGGCAGCGCUUAUGGAGCCUAUGGAGCUUAUUCUUCCGGACGGAGUGGUAGUUCUGGUAACAGGUCUUUUUUUUUUCCCGUGAAUACCAAUCUUGAAACGCAUUAAUCCUGAUUUGAAGCUUAUGAUAUCAGGUUAUCUAGCCAGAACCCUGUUUCUCGGAGGAGAAACUAUGGUUACUAAUAUUUGAUGAUGGUACCAGCAGCUGAGUUCUAUGAAGCCUGAAGCCAGCCUACUGUCUGCCUAAACCGGAAGAUGAACCAGCAUAUGACAUAGUCAUGGCCCACCUUGACGCUUCUACUUAAAUGUCCAAGAAACCAAAAUUCCCAAGCUUCCCUAGAACCUAUAUAUCCAGCAUUUCCCAUGUUGCUGUUUUUCCUGAUACACUUUUAGGAUAUGAAGCCAUGUUACUUCAAUCUUGCCAAUGUACUAGUGUUUAUUACUUAUGCUUGCCAGUUAUGUAGUUGAAUUACUUUGUGGUUUUAAUUCAGAUGUUGUUGAUUAUGGAAAACUUAACCACUUUGUGAUCUAGCUGAUUGUUGUAUCAUCUGAUUGCAGGCAUUUAUGAUUUUACUUCUGUAUCAUUCGUAUUACCUUUUUGGUUUACAACAUCUGUUGUGUGUGAAUUCUAUCUGCGUCAAAAUAAAUUCUUGAGGACUACCAGUCUGAAAUUAGUUUUGAUUAAAGUGAGAAUUUGUUUAUUCACAUAUAACACAAACACACACCCACACACCCACACACACAUUUCAAAGUUAUUUACCAUGUGAGCAGAAUGCGUAUGUUAUGCUAAUAGAGCAGGAUGUGUGAUUGAAGCUCAAUGUGACAACACACUUUGGGGGAAUUCUAGUAUUUUGGAGGAAUCUGUUUCCAGAGUAGCCACUACUGUGUAAGCUGUGUGCUUGGUGGUGUUCAUGUUUGAGCUUUAUUAGACACCUGGUUGUAUUUUAUUAAUUAAAUUCCAUGCUUCCAAGUUUUGCUGUUUUUGGCAAUUUUUGGUCGACUCAGAAUUCAAGUGCAAAUUUCCUUGAAGUUAUGCUUCUGGCAGUUUUGUUUGUUUGUGUUCAGGUAAGUUUGGAGUUUUCUUGAAUGGUAUGGUUGAUGGAUGGUGGAACUUCAGAUCUUAACUUUUGAAGGCCUAUUCUGAAACUUGUGGGUUUGGUUGAAACUAAAUGAUUCAAGUGGUUCUAUGAAUGCCGUUGGCAUGAUACAGGCAUUGGUUGUUGCAAACACAAUUUAAGCAGGCAUAUCCUCUGUUGGUUGAGAGUACAUAGUCUGAUGGGCAUGAUGCUUCCCUAUUGCAUAUUGUUUGUCAUGGCACUGGAUGGCCUCAGCUUCUUUUUUCUGUUUUUCUUUUGUUUUGGUCUGGGGUGGGGAUUGGAAGAGGUUGGGGCCAAGGUUUGCUGGUUGUGUAUAUGUCGGGGCCAAGGCCUCGUAUCCUUUUAACCAAAUGGACAAGUUUCAUGGCCAGGGAGUUUUGAUAUAAUUCCUUCAGUUUCACGUUA